AAGAGUAAGGAUGGAGUGGGAAAGCCCUGCAGCAAAGGCUGAAGACUUUAGACAAGCCUGCCUUCCUGAUGCCUACCUCUGAGUGCUCUGGCAGACCUGGCAGAACAGCAUGAUUAGGAUGCGGAGGAAGAAACUGUGGGCAUCUUGCUUCUGCUUUGCAGCUGCCUUUCUCCUUGUGGUGACAAUCCAGGUUAUCACUGAACUGGUCAAUUCAGAGAAGGUGGCAGUAAACUCCAGUUUACACGGUGGCCCAUUAAAACCUGUGGAGAGACAUCCUUUUCAGUUUAAGAAGCAGCUUCACAUGAGAUUGAAGACAGAGUCUGAUGUAAAUCAUUACCCCAUCCUGCUCUGGUGGUCUCCCCUGACUGGAGAGACAGGGAGAUUGGGUCAGUGCAGAGAGGAUGUUUGCUUCUUUACUGUCAACAAGACCUACCAGCAUAAUGAGAUGACAAGAGCAUUUCUGUUUUAUGGUACUGACUUCAGUAUAGACAGCCUACCCCUCCCUCGUAAAGACUAUCAUGAGUGGGCCCUUUUCCAUGAAGAGUCACCAAAAAAUAACUACAAACUCUUCCACAAACCGACCAUCACCUUAUUCAACCACACUGCAACCUUUAGCCGCCAUUCACACCUACCGCUGACAACUCAGUACCUUGAGGGUGUUGAGGUCCUGAAGUCGCUGCGGUACAUGAUCCCACUGCAGAUGAAGAACAGCCUGAGGAAGAAGCUGGCACCACUUGUGUACGUGCAGUCUGACUGCAACCCUCCUUCUGACCGUGACAGCUAUGUGCGUGAGCUGAUGUGCCACAUUGAAGUAGACUCUUACGGGGAAUGCCUGCAUAACAGAGACCUUCCUCAGCAUCUCAGAAAUCCAGCUGCGAUGGAUGAUGUGAGCUUUCAUGAAAUACUGGCACAGUACAAGUUCAUUCUUGCUUUUGAAAAUGCUAUCUGUGAAGAUUACAUCACUGAAAAACUCUGGCGGCCACUGAAGCUGGGAGUGGUACCAGUGUACUUUGGGUCUCCCAGCAUCGUAGACUGGCUUCCUAGUAACAAGAGUGCAAUCCUGGCAUCCAGUUUUUCACACCCACGAGAGCUGGCCCACUAUAUAAAAACUCUGGAUACAAAUGAUCAAGAAUAUGAGUCCUACCUAGAAUGGAAACUGAAAGGGGACAUUUCCAAUCCAAGGCUGCUUACAGCAAUGAAGGAACGCAAGUGGGGAGUGCAGGAUAUGGCCCAGGACAAUUACAUUGACACCUUUGAGUGCAUGGUGUGUAACAGAGUGUGGGAAAACAUCAGAAGGAAAGAAAAGGGACAACAGCCCCAGAGGUGGAAAGCUCAGGUUAACCAUCUGAGCUGCCCCAAACCGGAGGCAUUCUGGUUCUCGUCUUCAAACCCUGGCUGGACGUCUCUCCAAGAGAUGUGGAAAGCAAGCUUUGAGCAAUCCAAGAAAGAAGCCUUGGCGCUGAGGCACCUGGUGGAAAGGAACAGGAAUUUUACAGCUCAGGAAUUUUGGAUGCUCGUAUUCAAAGAAUAAACACAA